UUUUUUCUCACUUGUAUGAACUUAAGUAAGUUAGCACAUUUCUUCUCACUUGUAUUUUGUUUCCGUUUUAUUGGCAGGUAUCUCCUCUUGGUUGAUGAUAUAUGGUCUGUAGAAACAUGGGAGACCAUUAGAAAUUGGUUGCCACAUGAUAAUACAAAAGAUAGUAGAGUGAUAGUAACUACAAGAUUUCAAGCUGUUGGUGCGGCGUGCUCAGAAAGAGAUGGAACUGAUUAUCUGCACACUGUUAAUGUUCUAAGUGAUGCUGACUCCAAAAGUCUAUUUCAUCAGGGUGUUUCUGAAUGCCCAAGCAGCAAAGAAAGCGAAAGAAUGGAUACAAGAUCUCAAGCUAUUGAUACUGAGUCCUCUGAAGGAGAUGGGCCUGAUCAUCUGCAUUCAGCUGAUGUUCCUAGUGAUGCCGAUGCAAAAGAUCUGCUGAAGGAUCGUGUUUCUGAUCCACAAGGCAGCAAAGAUCGGGAGAAAGAAGAGGCCAAUGAGGAGAUAUGGAAAUAUUGUGGGGGCCUGCCUUUGGCCAUAGUCACCAUGGAUGGCCUUGUGGCUUGCAACCCAACAAAAAACAAUGAUCAUUGGAGUAAAGUUUGCAAGUCAUUAUUUCCAGAGCACGUGGCUCCCCUUACACUGGAGGGGGUCACAAGGAUACUUGAUUAUUGCUAUACUGAUUUGCCUGCAGAUCUCAAGACCUGCUCAUUGUACUUGAGCAUAUUCCCCAAGGGCUCGAAAAUUAGUAAGAAGCGUCUGACCCGGCGAUGUAUAUCUGAAUGUUUCGUCGCUGAGAAGCAAGGGCUAAGUGCAGAGGAAGUCGCAGAAACAUACUUCAAUCAGCUCAUAAGCAGGAAGAUAAUACGCCCUGUGGAUCACAGCAGCAAUGGGAAGGUGAAAUCCUUUAAAGUUCAUGACAUGAUUCUCGAAUAUAUCGUGUCCAAGUCAAGCGAAGAGAAUUUUAUUACUGUUGUUGGUGGCCAUUGGUUGAUGCCAACUCCUAGCAACAAAGUUCGUCGACUCUCUAUGCAAAGCAGCGGUUCUAGGCAUGGGAAUUCAACAAAAGGUAUGAACUUAUCUCAAGUGCGGUCGCUGACAGUGUUUGGAAGCCAGAACCGACGACUCCCUUUCGAGUCGUUCAACAAUGGAAUAAUACAAGUGCUGGACCUUGAGGGUUGGAAGGGUCUUACAAAUAAACAUCUAAUUGACAUAUGUAAAAUGCUUGCGCUGAAGUAUUUGAGCCUCCGACGAACAGAGGUUUCUGAGAUUCCCUCAAAGAUUGAGAAGCUCCAGUAUCUAGAAACUCUUGACAUAAGGGAGACAAAUGUUGAGGUGCUGCCCAAGGGUUUUGGACAGCUCAAGCAGCUCCGUAGCAUGCUUGGAGGGAACAAAAACACAAGGAAGGCAUUGAAGUUACCACAUGAGAAGAAUAAGGAGCCGAUGAAAGCACUUCGUAUACUGUCAGGGAUUGAGAUCGAUGAGGACUCAUCAGCUGUAGCAAGCCUUCAUCAGCUGACUGGGCUAAGGAAGCUUGCCAUUUACAAGCUCAGUAAACGGGAGGGCGGUCAGACCUUCACACAAUUACGCUCCGCCAUCGAGUACCUCUGCAGCUGUGGUCUGCAGACUCUUACAAUCAAUGAUGAGGGCUCUGAUUUUAUUAACUCGUUAGACACUAUGUCCGCUCCUCCAAGAUACAUCAUUGGCCUGGAGCUGUCUGGCAAGAUGGAAAAGGCCCCAGAGUGGAUUAAAGAUCUCAAUAAUCUCUACAAGCUAACCCUUUCUGUGACAGUUCUUCAAACUCGUACGUUUCAGCUCAUCCAGGACCUACCAAAAUUGUUUACCCUCACCUUUACACUCAGCGCAGCCAAGGAUGAUAGAGACAUAGUGGUCCUUGAGGAAAAUAAACAGCUUACUGAUAGGGAGAUCAUUAUUCCACCUGGGGGAUUCAAGAGUCUAAAGCUUCUUCGCUUCUUUGCAACUAUGGUGCCAAGGUUGAGCUUUGCAGUUACAGGAAAAGAGGUAAUGCUAGCACUGGAGAGGAUUGAUAUGCGAUUCGAAGCCUUUGAAGGGAUUUACGGCAUCGAGACUCUCAAAAGCCUCCAAGAGGUGCAUCUCAGUGUUGGUAAUCAAGCAGAUGAAAUAACAAAGUUCUUGGUAGAAGAUUUGAAGGACACCCCUAAGUAUUUGGACAAAAAGUACGCUGACAAGUGGCCAAAGAUAAUCACCGAGUGAAGAAGGUUGGAAGAUGUCACAUUGUCUUUUGGUUGACCAACAAAUCAUCUGGUACGUAUUGUAUAAUUAAGUGGAGGCUGUUCCUUCAAAUCCGCGUCGCCUUCUUGAGGGCUAAAUAAACAGACAUAAUCCAUUAUUGAUUCUUGUAAUGUGUGGGUAUGUGGUACUGCUAAAUCCGUUAUUCAUUCCUGUAAUUUGUACUUCUAUUGUAAUCUUACUUCCAUUAUUGAUCUUUUUUAACUUGCGUUGUAAUGCUCGAAGAUUUCUUGUAUGAGACCAUACUGUAGCCAACGAAGGCAUGUUUUGUGUUUAUAAAAAGCCAAUUUUU